AUGGAUGGCGAUCAACGCAAGCAUGAGGGCUCGAUGUCUCGAUCUAGAAAUGCUCCUCGGCGAGCACCUGGUCGUGCGACCGAUUCUGACCCGGCCAUACAGCCACGUGGAAACCCAACGGGGAUGUCGCAACCCCCGGAUCAAGCCCCAAUGUCCUACGACUACGGAUACACAGGCUCCUUUCACGGCGGUUCCCUGCAGUCCAGCGACAUUCAAAGCUACCCCCAGGACUAUGUUCGAGGACGCCAGAUCUCGGCUCUGCAACGACGACGGGGACCAGAGGCCUACUAUGAUUCCAUGCUGUAUGGGUUCGGUCAGCAGGGUCCAACGCCAGGGCCUUUCGAGGUUGUUCCACAAUACCAGACUCGGGCUGCGGCUAUUGAUGCCCUGGCAAACCAAUUCGUUCCACAGUGUUUUGCUGAGGACUCUGCAGAGUCUGGCGUCGCAGGGCUCUCGCCUUUCCUAAAUACGCCUUUCCCUUAUAAUCAGCCCAAUCCCAUGGUGCGCCCCAAUACCACUCAGGCCUUUCCCUCCAAUAUCCCAGAUUAUACCACCAUUGGCCCAGGGUCCAUGAACCGAUUGGAUCAACCUGAGCCUCAGCAGUCGGAUCCCUCGAGUCUUGAGGAGGCUAUCGGUCAAUAUCAACAACUCCUCCGCCAAACCUUUGAUCAGACCCGAGCUGGACGAUUGGCAGAGGCUGGCGCAACUUUGACCCAGAUUUCCGAGUGGCUCGUGACGAAUGCACGAGAUCUAGGCCUCCUCCAUGACGAUAGCAUCCAUUAUCCAGACCGUCUGGAACUUUGGAGCAACUUUAACCUUUGCUGGCUAGCUGUCUGUCAAAAGCAAAAGGACUUGAUUCAAGACAUGAUAAGCUCCGGCCAUCAAUUGACCCAGGUCAGUCUAAUUCGACGUGAUCGUAUGGAGUCAAUGGGGACCGAUUUGAUACAACUAUGUGAUCAAUUGGAACAACACGGCUUGGUGGAUUACCAAAUGGGUAUAUGGGAGGAAGAGAUUCUCUCCGUCUUGAGUCAAUGCCUCGACCUGAUGGAAGGUAGUCCCGAGCUCCACCAUAUCCCAACCAUUCCCGAGCCCAGAGCAGCGGUACCUCGACCGUGA